AGCAGCAGCAACAAAGCCAACAUCAUCAGCAAUGAGUAAGAAAAAGCUAUCAGGCUCUUCCUCCACCUCAUCAUCUGGCAGAGGCAAUUUUGUCCGUCAGAAGAAGUUACCCCUACAGAUAGCAUCGGAGGAAAAUGCUGCAAACCAAACCUGUCAUAGUGUUGACAACAGUUUCCGACCAAACGACAGUAACCCGCAUAUCCUGAAAUGGUUGCAGAAGAAAGACAAAGACCUCUGGCAACAGGAACGAGAGAUGAAGGUGAGAAAGAAGCUGGAAACUGAGAACAGAAAACUCGAUGCAGCCUUCAAAGCAGAUCGUCAGCUCUGCUCGAGUGCAGCAUUUGAAGAGUGGAUGCAUCACAAGGCAAAAGGAAAGAGCUCCAUUGACGUGUCACAGGAGCCAAAACAAAGCCCAAAACCCACAUAUGGGUUUCCGUUUAUGAGUAAGGAACAGCAUGAGGGUGAAGGUGAUGACGAUGCUGGUGUUCAAGAGCAGACGUUGUCUGCUCCUCAGAAGGGUUCAGGUUUUGUUAAAGCAGGCAAAAGUUUGUUGCAUGAGGAGAAUCUUGAAGUGAAUUUCUAGAGGAUGACAAACCUUCAGAAUUGGCAAACAAAAAACCCAGUUUCCAACUUCACAUCAAGUCAAGCAGAGACUGGAACAGAUGUUCCUCUUGAUAAUCCUGAGAGUUCAACAAGAUUUGCUGACUGUGGUGUUGAUCAAAAUAAAGAGGAACUUGAAAUAGCUAGCAAGACUGAGAAGCAAAUGAAGAGGUUAGUGUCAGAACACAAGAAAUCCAGUUUAAUAUUCCAGCAACCAGAUGAGGACAAUGGUAGAAAUCAGGGAAAAGAACAAAGUUUCUAUGGGAAGCCAGAAUCACAGUCAUCAUCACCUCCAACUCCACUGCCACUGGUAAUGAAGAAAUCAACCACUAGACCUAAAACUGCCCAUGGACGCCGAUCAAGGUGCUCUGCAGCAACAAGCAGAGAUAAAUGUCUUGUAUCCCCUCAACUCAUGCCACUUAUCAUAAUUUCAAUCCACAGAUAUACAGAAAAUACUUGUCCCCAUCUAGCUAUGCCACUUUGAACACUAUAGACACAAGCUGUCUAACCCAAAUGCACAGAUUCAUGAAAGAUACAUAUUUCGCCUUACCUUUAUGACUCCCAUCUCUAUAUACACAAGUUAUCUAACGGGAAUAUCCAGACAUGAAAGAAAGGAAUGUCCUGUAUCCCCACCUGUCCGUACCACUUCUAAUAUUAAAGACACCAGUUGUUUAACCUAAAUAUCUAAAUAUGCAAGAAAUAGAUGUUCUGUGUCCCUCAUAUCAUUUCCAUCUCUAUAGACACAAGUUAUCUAACCUGAAUGCACAGAUAUGUAAGAGAGGAGUAUUAUGCAUCACUCUUGCCUCUAACACUCUCCUCAUUAUAGGUAUAUACUAUUAUGAAAUCUGGAUAUACAUAUUAUAUGUAACAGCCAAACCUGUAUCACAAACACAUGGAUUCCUCUGCAGUCUGCAGAAAUGGUAAACAAUUCAGUUAGGAUCAGAUGUUGGUUCCCUUUAAAGCCUCAAAAAA